AUGGCGUUAAUCGAGCUUUUUACAGACCCUAGAUUUCCCUGCCCCCAAAGAGUCCAUCUGGUCAUCAAGGAACUAGGCAUCGAUGUAAAUAUCCGAGAUGUCAAUCUGGAAGCAAAAGGGCACAAGAGCACUGAAUUCCUUAAAAUGAAUCCGUUCGGAGCAUUGCCAUGCUUGAAGGACAAUUCAUUCGACCCACCCUUUGUGCUGUACGAAUCUCGCGCUAUUGUCAGGUAUCUUGCGAUCAGAUACGGGCAAGGCCGCCUCAUGCCAAAUCCAUUCAACGCGCAGGCUACAGCACUCUUUGAACAAGGAGCAAGCACCGAACUAACUUCAUUUGACCCUACCGCGAACCGCCUAGUAUUCGAAGAAAUAUUCAAACCAAAAUUCUUCGCCGAGAGUCAAGGCUCUAUCGACUCGGCAUUGGUAGCUAGUUUGAGAUCUCGAUUAUUGGUCGUCCUCGAUAUCCUAGACCGGAUCUUAGGCCACCAAGGUUACAUGGCAGGACAAGAGUUUUCAGUUGUGGACCUAUUCUAUGUGCCAUAUAUGCAUCAUCUUACCACAUCGGUUUACCCAUCAGCCCUUGAAAACCGACCUCAUUUGAAAUCGUGGUGGGAGGAUAUGAUGCUCCGUCCUGGUUACCUUGAAAUCACUCAAUGCUCACGUUAUAGUUAACAUUGAAAGGUGAUGACUAGGCGAUAAGAUUUCCGCAGAGCCAAUCUCACGCUAACGAUCACCCUGGCGCUGGUUUGCAAAUACUCAUGGGCUUGAGUUCGAGGAUAUAAGAUAUCUUAUCGGCAUGGAACUCGGCAUCUAGGCUGGGGUUGGGAACAGCAGAGGCUCAUAACACAGUCGCAGACAUAGGAUAUACAUGUGUUAAGGACAUCGAGUGUCAUGCUGUCAAAUUGAUACAAGCCAAACAAUGCAG